AAGGCCGCCGUCCGUCUCGGCUCCAGUAUCUCCCUGUUGUGUGUACGUUUGUGUAGUGUACACGUAUUCGCCUCCACGUCCAGCACUCAGGAGUCGGUGUGGAAAUUAGCUCAAGAAGCUAGCUAGCUCCCAGAUAGCAUCAGGGGCUAGUCUAAUUUCGAAAACAGAACGCUUUCUAGACUAUUUGGUCAAUGUAUUGAGUGGAAACACACGGCCUUGGAUGGGAAGUAACGUCUGUCCUGGUCGGUGGAAAACGCGUCAAGACAGUGUGAUCUGCAUAUGACUCGGAGGCAGCACACCUUGGACACUGAGACAGAAGCAGCACUCCCUUGGAGCUAACGGGUUAAUGGACCGUAGUGGUCCUCUGUGAUUUGAAGGGGGGACUUUGUUCAGGCAGGAAUAUACAGACUUGUCGGUGGCGACAGACAAGGUUGCAGGCAAGCUGAGUUCUACUCUCUCAUGGGUGAAGAACUCAGUCAGUCAGAUGGCUAGCACGGUGGCCCCGCCCACCACCCUGCAGACCACCCCCUCCACCUCGCUCUCGUCCCCCGGCCUGUCGCCCACCUCCUCCAACCAGCUGAGCCCGGACGAUGUAGAGCUCCUCGCCAAGCUGGAGGAACAGAACAGGUUGCUGGAGACGGACCACAAGGUCCUGCGCUCGGUCAACGGCUCGCGGAGGAACAGCGGCUCGUCGCUGGUGUCCAGCUCCUCGGCCUCCUCCAACCUGUCCCACCUGGAGGAGGACACCUGGAUCCUCUGGGGGCGCAUCGUCAACGAGUGGGAGGAGGUGCGCAAGAAGAAGGACAAGCAGCUCCGGGACAUGGUGAGGAAGGGCAUCCCGCACCACUUCAGGGCCAUCGUGUGGCAGCUGCUGUGCAACGCCCAGAACAUGCCCAUCAAGGACCAGUACUCGGAGCUGCUGAAGAUGACGUCGCCCUGCGAGAAGCUGAUCCGCCGGGACAUCGCCCGGACCUACCCCGAGCACGAGUUCUUCAGGGAGAAGGACAGCCUGGGCCAGGAGGUGCUCUUCAACGUCAUGAAGGCCUACUCGCUGGUGGACCGCGAGGUGGGCUACUGUCAGGGCAGCGCCUUCAUUGUGGGACUGCUGCUCAUGCAGAUGCCAGAAGAGGAGGCGUUCUGCGUCUUUGUUAAGCUGAUGCAGGACUACAGGCUACGGGAGCUUUUCAAGCCUACCAUGGCCGAGCUGGGGCUCUGCAUGUAUCAGUUUGAAUCUAUGAUCCAGGAGCACCUCCCGGAGCUCCAUAUCCACUUCCAGGCCCAGAGUUUCCACACCUCCAUGUACGCAUCCCCCUGGUUCCUCACCAUCUUCCUCACCAACUUCCCACUGCCCGUCGCCACCAGGAUCUUCGACAUCUUCAUGUGCGAGGGUCUGGAGAUUGUGUUUCGUGUGGGAUUAGCUAUUCUCCAGAUGAACCAUGCAGAACUCAUACAGCUAGACAUGGAGGGAAUGCUUCAGCACUUUCAGAGGGUCAUACCUCACCAGCUGGACAGCGGCCCUGAUAAGGUCAUCCAGGCUGCCUACCAAGUCAAGUACAAUGCUAAGAAGAUGAAGAAGUUAGAGAAGGAGUACACUACCAUCAAAACUAAAGAAAUGGAAGAACAGGUUGAAAUAAAGAGACUGCGGACAGAGAACAGACUCCUGAAGCAAAGGAUUGACACUCUGGAGAAAGAAAGUGCUUCCUUGGCAGAUAGGUUGAUCCAGGGACAAGUGACUCGAGCGCAGGAGGCGGAGGAGAACUACCUGGUGAAGAGGGAGCUGUCCACUGUCAAGCAGCACACUGAGGAGCUCUCUGUUCAGCUGGAGCAGGCCUCCGAUGCCAUCCUGCACCUGCAGCAGACCCAGCAGCCCCGAGCGAAGGUGCACGCGCGCUACUCUGAGGACUCCGUCCUCCAGCUGGAGAGAGAGCUUGUCCAGGCCAGACUGAAGGAGGCCGAGUCCCAGUGUGCCCUCAAAGAGAUGCAGGACAAGAUCCUGGACAUGGAGAGGAGGAACACGUCCCUUCCGGACGACACCAACGUGGCGCGGCUGCAGGAGGAGCUGAUCGGGUCGAAGCUCCGGGAGGCGGAGGCCCUGACCGGCCUGAAGGAGCUCCGGCAGCAGGUCCGCGACCUGGAGGACCACUGGCAGCGCCACCUGGCCCGCACCACGGGCCGCUGGAAGGACGCGCCCCGGAAGAACGCGCUCGGCGAGCUCCAGGACGAGCUGAUGAGCGUGAGGCUGCGCGAGGCCGAGGCGCAGGCCGAGCUCCGGGAGACCCGGCAGAGGAUGAUGGAGCUGGAGACGCAGAGCCAAAUCCACAGCAACCAGCUACGGCGAGCGGAGCAGGAGGGGCGGGCCUUACAGGACCGCGUUCAGACCCUGACCACCCAGAAUAAAGAUCUCACUGGGCAGCUGCAGGAGAUCAAACGCAAGCAGGCGGAGAUCCAGUGCAAGAGUAAGGAGGAGGUGAUGGCGGUCCGACUGCGAGAGGCUGACAACAUCGCAGCCAUGGCGGAGCUGCAGCAACAUAUCUCUGAGCUUGAGAUCCAGAAGGAGGAGGGGAAGGUGCAAGGCCAGCUGAACCACACAGACUCCAGGCAGUACAUCCGAGACCUAAAAGACCAGAUCGCAGAGCUCAAACAUGAGGUCUGCUGUUUGAAAGCCCAGCGGAGCUCGCCCGGCCAGCCCUCCUAUGACGGCAUCCAUAUCGUCAACCACUACACGGGCGGCAGCGGCGUGGGCGAGCCCUACCACUCGUCGGACGAGGACAGCGCCAAGGGGGCCGUCCUGGCGGGCGGCGGGCUGGGGGGCGUCGGCCCCGGCCGCAUCCGACUCCACCCCAAUCUGGACGACACGGACAGCGACGGCGAGGAUGACGGGGAGACCCUCCGCCUCUCACUGCCCUCCAGUGCCCCCCCCCACAAGUCCACCGCCGUCUGACCCCCUCUGAUUGGCUGCUUCCGACCCUAAGCCAGUGAUGGAAUGCGUUGACAUUUCGUGUUGUGCGACAGACACUCGUAGCGUUUGUUUUGUUUUUCUUCAACACCUGGCGGGGCGGCGGAGAUACAGCCAAUGGGAACCAUGUUUAGAUCAACUAACCGCCCUCUGCGGGGUCACAUGACCACUGCGGCUGGACCUAUCAGAGCUUGGGGAAGCAGCAAAGGACAAGCACUCUACCCAUCCCCCCCCCCCUGUGCCUUUGCAAUGCAAUCAUGAACACUUUAUGACACUUCACCAAAUGGGCUUUUAUUUUGAAAUGUUUUUUAAAAAACAAAGCAUUAAAUCAGCGCUGUUAAUUAGGUGUCACGUGCAGGUCUAGGCUUGGGACCUUUGCUUAAAACCACAUGCUUUCCAUUACACUUGGGCCCAAUCCCAUUUCUACCCCUUACCCCUUACCCUUACCCCUUCAAAACAAGGGGGAGGGGGAAGGGGUAAGGGGUAGAAAUGGGAUUGGGCCUUGGUCUAGCAGGAGGUGAGGUCAAUCGCGUAAACUUGUAUAUCUCUGUAUAUAUGUAUAUUAUGUUUGUCUUUGUUUGUUUUGGCCUUCAUUCGAAACUUGAAAGUAUGUAUCUAACAUGUAGAAUGUGUUGACAGAUCAGAUGAAAGGGAAUUUGAACUCUAUAUAUUGCAAUCAUUCCCCCUACCUUUCCCACUUGAAUCCAGCCCUCUCUAAAGAUUAUUAGAGACCCAGUCAAUUGGGAGUGGAUGGAUUCGCCCAUCAUUAAAACAUGUCCCAGUUAUUUUGUUUGAGCAUGUUACUAAUUAAAAAUAAGUCCUACUGCAGUAAAAAAGAAAAGAAAAAAAAGAGGCUGGUUUUGAAGUACUGUUACUGUUAGAUUGAAAGAAUUAUGGAAACCAGUUCAGUUUGACAUGAACGCCGUUGCUUUUCAUGUUUGAACGAGAAUGUCUGGCUAUUCAAGGGAAAGUUUAUACUGAAAGUGAAAAUCAUAACGUAUGAUGAUGACACGUAUUAUGAUAUGAUCUAUGACUAUUCAAUUAAAUUGGAUAUUUUCUCAACUUUU